AUGUUCGACGAGACGGACUACGAUGCCCUCACAGGCAAGCGCGUCGCCAUCGUGGGCUUUGGUGCUUUUGCUGUGGAGAACAUUCGCACCUGUUGCGAGCACCGCGUUGACAAGAUUUUUCUCGUCUGUCGGAGGAAAAACCUCUGCAUGCCGCGAAUGGUUUCAUGGUGGAUCAACGGAUCCGCUUUUCCCGUUUCUUCAGCAGACGUCCUUCGCGAAAUGGAGGUCGGCAUGAUUCCAUUAACACCAUUACCAAGCUUCUUCAGAGGUUGUGCACAAGCUGAAACAUAG